UACUGUAGAAUGUAAAUUAUUGUUAAUAAAUAAUGUAAAAAAGAUUAUUUAAAAUUACAGUUUGUAGUGUUCAUUUGCUUAGGCAGUGAUUCAGUUUUCUUGGAAAAUGUAUUGUUUACCAAUUUAUAAUUAUUAAAUUACUUACACGAUUGUAGUUCAUCAAAAACUUGCUAAUAUGGCAAGAUAAACAUCCUAUUUUAUUUCACAACGGGAGGGCUAUCCAAUAGAGCGAUGCCGCCAUCGAUCCUGGUGACGGGAGGCGCGGGGUACGUGGGCUCACACACCGUGGCGACCCUCCUGGAGCGGGACGACAAUCGGUACGACAUCGUGGUCGUUGAUAAUCUCUCCAACUCCUAUAGAUCUGAAAAUGAGAAGAAGCCAGAGGCACUGCGCAGGAUCGAGGAUAUGACAGGGAGUACGAUACAUUUUUAUGCGAACGACAUCCGGGACAGAGCCGCAUUAAACCGGAUAUUUGAAAACCACGAGAUAGAAUGUGUGAUCCACUUCGCGGCGCUGAAGGCUGUUGGAGAAUCAGUGGAGAAACCUUUGGAGUACUAUCAGGCCAAUAUCACAGGAACUUGCACGCUACUUGAGGUGAUGCGGGAACAUGGAGUCACUCAGCUGGUGUACUCCUCAUCGUGCACGGUAUAUGGGGAGCCACAGAAACUGCCCCUGGACGAGGGCCACCCCACCGGCCAGGGCAUUUCCAGCCCCUAUGGCAGGACUAAAUACUUCUGCGAGGAGAUCAUGAAGGAUCUCUGUGCCAGUGAUCAGAAUUGGAAAGUGAUAUCGCUUCGUUACUUCAACCCCGUGGGGGCCCACGGCAGCGGCCGCAUAGGGGAGGACCCGUACGGGAUUCCCAACAACUUGAUGCCGUUCAUAUCCCAGGUGGCCGUGGGUCGCCUGAGCGAGCUGCUGGUGUUCGGGGGCGACUACCCGACGGCGGACGGCUCGGGGGUUCGCGACUACAUCCACGUUCAAGACCUGGCGGACGGCCACGUGCGGGCCAUCCAGCUGUUCCAAGACCCGCGCUUCGUCGGCUUCCAGCCCAUCAACUUAGGCACAGGUACCGGUUACUCAGUGCUACAGAUGGUGGCGGCAUUCGAGGCGGCCUCAGGUUGCAAGAUACCGCACAGGGUGGUCGGACGACGCGCGGGCGAUAUCGCCACCAACUACGCGGACGUCUCCCUCGCACGACAGCUGCUCGGCUGGGGUGCGAGCAGGACGGUGAUAGACAUGUGUCGCGACACAUGGAAAUGGCAGAGUGAAAACCCGAACGGGUAUAAAAACUAAGGCGUUAAACACGGCCGAACCGAGGCGCUAUAGACGGUUCGUUUUGAACUGAGUCGUCGGCAAUUAAAUCUUAAGUGACAUAUCUUGCUGAGUACCUACUCGUUAUAUAAAAAAAUGUAAGAAAAUUUGCUUUAAAUCUAUUAUACAUUCUAAGCAAAUACUUAACGCUCUUUGAAAUGUGUUUUGAAACUAAAACAAUAUUUUUACUAUUACACCAGAUAGAUAUUACAGAUAUUUUUUUUCCAAAUCUCCCCGACUAUUCCAUGUCGCUCAAUAGUCAAUACCUCAGUUCAAAGCGACCCAACUAUAUACAUGGCUUUUGACAGAACACAAAACCACCAAUAUGAAGCUGAUAAUAAUAUCUUGAAACGGAAACUUCCGUCAUAAACCUAGUUUAUAUAUUAUAGUUAUGCUUUUACUACGAAUGUUUAAAGUUUUUGUUAUAUAUAAAGCGAUACUGUGUUACCUAUUUCUAUACAAAUUAUUAUUCAAAGAAAAUGAUUUUUGUUUAACAAAAUUAUUCUCUAAAAUUUAUUAUUCAAAGAAAAUUAUUUUUGUUUAACAAAUUUAUUCAAUACAUAUUAUUAUUCAAUGAAAAUUGUUUUUGUUUAACAAAAUUGUUUAAAGAGCUUUUAAAGAUGUGUAUUUGUAUACAUAAUAUUAUAUUGUAUAUUAUCUCGCUCUUAUUUUUAUUAAUAGAGAGAAAUACUUUUAGUUUCUUGAAUCAUAGUAGAUUCAUUUGAUUCCAAAUGCAUUUAAAAUGUACAAACAAAGAAUAAAUUUGUGCAUAUAUUAAUUUUUAUUAUACAUAAUUAUUUUGUUCCUAUUCUGUUGCCAUAAUAUAUUAGAAAUUUUUAUUAUCUUUUUCAUUAUGUAAUAAGUGUGGCCAUAUAUUUUACAAAUGAUGAUUGUAUUUGUGAAUUUGUUUUUAGUUUUACGAUGUAUGAAUUGUAUGUAAUCAGAACUAAAUGUGAAUUAAAAACCAAAAUAUAACCAAAGAUUUUUAGGUUAUCUUUUAAAUUUAUAUUUAUAAAUAUUUUUAUUUAAUAUAAUAUUUGUUAUUAACUAUCGGACAUGUAAUAUAAAAUAUUUUUUUAUUUAUGACAUUAGUUUUGACAACGAUUAGCAUAAACGCUAAUUUAGUUGAAGUAUAAAAUAAUUGAAUUUGAUUGCAUUUCGUAUUUGUACUAAAGUAGCCUACAAGAAUUAUUUUUAUUUCAACUUUACAAACUAUUUUCUUUACACUGAGGUGUUAAAAAUAAUGAAUGGCUUUCAAAGAGGCUAUUCUGCAUUUUUUGAUAUAAUGCCUAUUGUAUGUUUUGUAUAAACUUCAUUCCAUUGCUUUUCCAAUUUAUUUAAAAUAUUAUGUAUAAGGUGCUAAUAAUUAUAAUAAAUUUGUAAAGUUUAUAA